AACUAAUUCAAUGAUAUUGCUUCAAACAGCAAUAUUGAAUUCUUACAAAGAAGAAAUGGCUUUUUAAAAAUUAUUAAUAAAAAUAAAAAUAAAAAAAAAAAAAAAAGAACAAUCUUUUCGGUAACACGAUCAAAUUAAAUCAAGUGUAAUGUAAUCUUAAAAUUGACAAACUUUAAAAUUCAAAGCGCGAUGUCUUCAUUGAUCGUAGCACACGAUCAACGGAUCAUGAUGUUAGAAUUCGCAGUUGAGAAUUUGCACGUACCGUGGAAUUCCAUCUUUGACAAAGCAAUUUUGAAAAAGGUAACGGUAAUGUUUCGUUUUUUGGAUGAGGAUUGGACCGAGCUUUUACCAAAUCGCCGCGAUUAUUGUUCCUAUCGUGGCUCGAAUUAUGAGAACGAACGAUUUUAUGGUGGACGUUCGGUAGUUUUCGCCUUACCUGAAUCGUCUUUAGAAAAACCUAUGAGUGCUAUCGAUAUUCAAAUUUACGUAUUUAAAGAGAUAUGUGAUUAUUUCGAGCUCGACUCCUGCGAGAAUAUUGGAUUCAUAUUAUUGAGAGUCGAUCAUUUGAUUAAUGCCAUUAUCAAGGAGUUAAAAGAACGUAAAGAACUUGGUUUAUAUUUAUGCAAUUCUCAUGAAAACGAGCCUAUUUCAAGAUCAUUGGUAGGAACUUACACUUUGAUAAACGACGACUUAAAAAACACUGAUGCAACAAUAAAAAUAUAUAUACGUAUCACUUAUCUUGGUAAUUGCGUUAUCACUGAAUUCGAGAAUAGUAGAGGUAUAAAAACGGCAUUUCAUUGUCGUAAGGAUAACGUUGAAGGACAUCCUUACCAAUUACGCGAGUUAACAUCAGAGAAUCUUAAGACUGGUUGUUGGGGUAGUCAAUCCUAUUUACCACCGGCAUUUUUAAAGAAGUUAAAGUGUUACUGUGAAAAGGAUAAGAUAGAGAAAAAAAUAUUAGCCCAAAUGAUAGCAGAUGCUGAAGCUGCUCGUGCUGCUGAAGCUGCUCGUGCUGCUGAAAUAGCUCGUGCUGCUAAAGCUGCCCGUGCUGCUGAAAUAGCUCGUGCAUCGGAAGCUAUUCGUGCUUCUGAAGAAGCUCGUGCUGCUGAAGCUCGUGCUGCUGAAGCUGCUAGUGCUGCUGAAGCUACUGCAUUGAAAGGUCUCGGGAAAGAAGAAUCUAAGAAGGACAAAUCUAAAAAGAAGAGCUUGGAUACCGCUGAUGCUCAGAUCCUUGCUAAUAUCGAUAAUCUUUAUGAAGAAAGGAUUCGUCUUUUAAAGGAAGCAAUGAAGGAACAAAAAGGUCGAGGAUUAGGUGCCGCUGGAAUAGCUUUUGAUAGGAAAGAUGGAAAAAAGAUUUGUUCUCCAUUAUUUACUAUACCUUGUACUCAAUUUUGUUCACCUACCUUUAGUUCUUUUUCUCCCUGUUUGAAUUUUAUACCUUUUGUCAGUCCAGAACAUUUAACAUUUACAACACACUGCUUGUGAAACAGAAUAUGUGCAAUAAAAUACAGAUAAAAACUUAUUGAACUUUAGUUAUUCAUUAAAUUAGAUAUUUCAAUGAAAUUAAAUUUUGAUCUUUGGAUCAUUGAUCACAUUUAAUAUCAACAAAAACAAAUGUAUGACAGACUUUGAUAUUUAUCGAUCUAGUAAACAUCGAAACUUUCUCUUUCUAAACGUGAAAACUAAAAUGGGAUCCAUGGAUAAGGCCCAUGGGUGUGGGGCUUUGUACGGGCUAUUGUCUCAGCAUUGCGUAGAGUUUCUCUUCUUCUUUUUCAGGAAUCAUCGACGGAUAGAUUCAUCUGUGAUCAGAUGUUCAGAUCAGUGUUCGAUUGUAUUGUCGAAUAGCUCGAUUUAUCAUCGAUUUUUACACGAGAAUACGAGAAGGAUAGGAGAACAAUUGCGCGAGUAUUGGAGGACCCAAACAUGGAUCUCGUGGUUAAAAGUCCUACCGGGGAUUGCGCUGUUAUUGUUCGAAAUUCGGAAAGCACGAACAGUUGUGCUUAAUAAUCCAUUAUGUCUGAAGCUGACGAUGUCAGACAGUGGAGCUAUCCAGUAGAGUCAACGUUAGCCCGUGGAUCUUCAUAUGCAGCAAAUUCCACGUAGUGAGACCUGGAUCGAUAAUACUUGCG